AUGACGCAAGCCAAGAAGAUUAAGUAUGACGUUAUCGCACUGACCGAGAGGAGGCGACGCCACUCUCUCAACACCAUGUAUGAAAUUGGAGAAGAACUGUUCUUAGGAACAUGCGACAGGAGAGGUGUUGGUGGUGGAGCUGGCGUCCUCGCCAACACGAGUAUGGCAAGGAACAUCGACUCUUUUGAACAAUUUACGACCCGAAUCGGACGUCUGCGGAUGGGAAGAUGUGGUCCAACACCAGCUUUGAUUAUCUUCGUCGCUUACGCUCCAACAUCAAGCUACAGAGAAAAGAAGAAGUUGAAGCUUUCUAUAUGGGGCUGGAGAAGUUCUACCGAGAAGAUCAUGCCUUCUACAAGGUCAUAA